CAUCCCAGUGUGGGGCCACUGCAGGCACAUGUUCCCCCUGCCCCUGCUCCUGAGUGGAAGGCAGAGCUGAGGGAGUGCCUUGGAGGGCAUCAAUCACCCAGGUGCCCUCACUGCCACUCAGGCCUGAAAGAGAAAUGGAGCAAUUUUCCAUUAAGGUCCUCCUGCAAUGAAGAUGGAAGAGAUGGCAGGCAAGAAGAAAUUAGAAGCAGCCAAACAUCUGGACGAGAUGCUGAGUGACCUGGAGAGACGCCGUGCAAUGGAGCAAAAGUCCGUGCAGAUGGCGCCAUAUCAUAUUGGAAGCAAUGGCUCUGUGUCAGUCUCUGAUGGAGGAAAGGAGGAGUUGCCAGACAUGAGCAAAGGCAUAGGAGAAGUUCUUGGCAAGUCAGACACAAAUGCCCAGAAUCCACAGAACAACCGAAGAAUUGUCUGCCCUCAGGACGUGCGCAGGUCCUGCAUGAUAGGCACGGUGGUGACACUGUUCACAGUGCCACUUUCCAUGGUGCUGUGCUAUGUAGGGUUCCGGUGCUGGAAGGAAAAGAAACAUCGCGCUGCCGCAGUUCCAGCAUCCCGGCCGAGAAGGCGUGACUCUCCCUCGCCCCCAGGGAGCCCAGAGAGUGUCGAGUUUGGCAGCUCUCAGACAUGGCCUCAGCAGCAGCAACAGCCGCCCAAGAAAGCAGACUACCAGCCCUCCGUGCCUCCCCCACGGCCCCCCAUCCCGGCCGUGAAGCGGAAGGCUCCCGAGAUCCCCCCACCUCCUCCCCUCCCCAGCCCACCGCCCUGGUCCAGCUAG